AUGCAAUCCUGCCGAAAGAGAAUUCAGUCAUUUGCUAUUUCUGAAACACCUUGGUUGGUACAAGGGGCGCCGCCAAACAAAGCCACGCCAGGGCGACCUUCAUUUUUCCUUCUUUGCGACACGCGACUCUCUCCUCUUACAAUACAACCGCGCCUUAACCACCCUACGACGACGAGAGCUCUACCACUUCAGAUAUCCUUUUGCGACAGAGAACACACGACACGAUCGGCGACAAAGGACAACGACUACAGACGAACAUACAAAAAAACCGACAAGAUGGCGCUCAUAUCAGGCAAAACCAUCAUCACCUCGAUAUCCCUCUUCCAUCUCACCAUGGCCUACUUUAUGCUCUUCAACCCGCGCACCGUGGAUGAUCAGAUUCUCGUCUACAUUCUCGGGCGCAGCAUGGGACUGCCCCCUGCGCGAGGACUCGACGCGCCCUCCCCCGCGCUCGCUUUCCUCGGUGUCGUGCUCGCCAUGCUGGGCCUGAGCGACCUCGUCUCCCUCGGCAUGCCCGAAGAGCUCGGCGCUCUCUACUAUUGGGGCACUCAAGCACCCAUCAGGUUCAUGUUUUCCAUGUGCCUCGUCUUUUACAGCUACGUCUUUGGCCCGAGCGGUCCCUUUGGCACGUUCUUGCCGGGCUCGAGUCGCAGACCCGCCAUCCUUGGAGGCAGCGGCUCCGCGACGGACGGGCUGAAGAACCGCGUCAUCUUUACCUUUAUGUUCAUCGAAAUGGUGGCCUGGUUCUGGCUCUGGGUGACGCUGCGCGAGGAGAGGGGUGGUGUUGUGGAGCGGUUGCGCAAGCAGCAGCAACGCAGCGCCCGGUGA